AUGCCAGGGGAUAUCGACACGGAAAUUCCAUCAAAGACGGAUAUACCACCAAGAAACGUUCCUACGGCGCCCAUUCUUGGAAAAGCAAGAAAUCAGUUACCAGAAGAUGAAGAGAAACGCAAAUUGUCAGAUCUACUCAUGAGCGAAAAGAAUAAUACUCUAGCCGAUGGUAGAAGCAAUUGCCUCAUGAAAGGACAAAUCGCCGACAUUUCCAACGUUGAGGACAUUGACGAGGCCAGAUCAUGUUCUCAAGCUGUAACUCACGAAACUGUUCGCCCGUAUGUCCACGAGAUCAAAGAGGAGCAGAUACACCGUGAGAUCCACAACCACGAUGUAUACCACCGAGUCCAGCCUGUUUAUGAUGUAGAGGUGUUGCCUGCCCGCCAUUUCGUUCCAGGAUCCGCGGGCGCCCUAGUGGAAGUGUCCGAAGACGACCUACCGGAGUGCACUGGUUCGAAUCAGAAAUGGCAUAUUGGCGAGACGCCACCGCCCGUUGUGUCAUCUUCGAUGAAUCAGCAACAUUGUACUGUCAAAAGGAAAGAUUAAGGGC